AUAAAAUUAAAAAAAAAAAAAAAAAGUAUCUAAGAAAUCUUAGGAAAAUAUUUAAAAAACAAAAGUGCAUUUAGUUCAGAGACUUGUUAACAGCAACAAUACAAAAUAUGGGUGGUGUAUUAAGUUAUUUUCGUGGACUACUCGGUUCUAGAGAGAUGCGUAUAUUAAUACUGGGUUUAGAUGGAGCCGGCAAGACAACUAUCCUAUAUCGUUUACAAGUGGGAGAGGUGGUGACCACGAUACCCACUAUUGGCUUUAAUGUAGAACAAGUUACAUAUAAAAAUUUAAAAUUUCAAGUUUGGGAUUUGGGUGGACAAACCAGUAUAAGGCCCUAUUGGCGUUGUUAUUACAGCAAUACAGAUGCCAUUAUUUACGUAGUGGAUUCUGCAGAUCGCGAUAGAAUAGGAAUUUCCAAAGAUGAAUUAUUAUAUAUGCUAAAGGAAGAAGAGCUAGUCGGUGCCGUGUUAGUGGUAUUGGCUAAUAAGCAAGAUAUGGAAGGCUGCAUGACGGUGGCUGAAGUGCAUCAUGCUUUGGGUUUGGAAAAUUUAAAAAAUCGUACUUUUCAAAUAUUUAAAACUUCAGCGACUAAAGGCGAAGGCCUAGACCAGGCCAUGGAUUGGCUUUCUAACACUUUACAAAGUCGCAAAUAGUCUUAUUUACUCUCUUCUCUGUAUAUUAUUAAUUGAAGAACAUAUUGGAGACAAUUUUUCUCCCUUUCCAACGAUGCAAGAAAACUCCUUUAUUUUCCUUGGUAUACUACUUGUAAUUUUAAGUAAUCGCAUAUGCAGUUAGUUUUCUAGGAGCUAUUUCUCUUGUUAAAGAAAUUUACAAAAAAAAAAAAAAAAAAAAAUAUUUAGAUAUCCUCCCUCCUCUUCCUCUUACACCCCAAAAAGCAUUCUGUAUUAAUAGCUCCUUUUAAAAAGCAAAGUACAUGGGAAUAAUACUUAUACAAAAAAUGAAAAUUAUAUAUACUUUGUAAUAUCGUAUUCAAAGUCGAAGAAACAAUAAAUAUCUAGAAAAAGAAGUGAGAAGUAAUUUAUUCAUUUA